AUGCUCCGCGCGUGUGGCGUCCUUCAACUAAGGGCACGGCCCAAGACGGUGUGUGUAGAACCUGGUUCAAACCGACUGCCUGAAGCUUUGGUGGUUGAGAAGGCGAGGGAUAUAUUUGGGCGACCUGAAUUUCCUGGGAAGCGUGUAUUGCACAACUGGCGUUUCUUUAUUAAGGCUGGGAAGGCGGCGACGGGUCCUCCCGUGGGACAAGAGUUUUCGAAACUUGGGCUGAAGGCGAUGGAUUUUGCGAAGGUGUUCAAUGACCGGACGAAGCCACACUUCAAGGAAGAUGUCGAGCUGAUUGUUCGCAUCCAAGUGUACUUUGACAAAUCGUAUCUUUUUACAAUUGAACCGCCACCUACUGCGUGGUUCAUUCUGCGUGCACUUCGGAAGAAGCGGCGGGAGACGGGACCUGUGCCGCUGCGAGGGCACUACUGUGCUCUGAUGACAUUGGAGAUGGCAUACGAAAUAGCGAAAAUGAAACCGUUGUGUUGGGGACGUCCAGAGUACCCGUUACUGGAGACCCGUGUACGACGCGUUGUUGGGCAAGCCAGGCGGAUGGGUGUUUGUUUCAUUGGCGUAGAUACACCUUACAGUUCCCCCGUGAAAGAUAUGACUGAGCAGCAGUACACGGAGGAAUGCGAAAGGUACAGGCGUAUACACAUGGAACAAUAUACUACGUUGAGGCAGCGUGAACUUGAAGAGGCACCACUGAUUGAGCGGUUGCACCGGCCCAAUAUGUCACCACUGACGGAUGAACAGAUUGAGGAGGGUUUGCGUGACCCCUGUUUACUGGAUACCCUGUGGAGAGCGAGCCACCCACUGAGCCCUUAUCAUCGUGAUUUGAGGGAGCGGGAACUUGCUCGACGUUACUUGAAUGCACGAGGUUGGGUGAAGGACAUGACGCCAGAGGAGAUGCGUAUUGUUUUUAUGAAUUACCGACUCCCUGAAGGUGAGAAGCGGAAGCAGAUGGACGAGGCUGCAAUGAGUGGGGAGGUGUACUGGACGCGUGAUGGGGCGCAGCUGUGA